AUGGUCACAUUCUCCCUGCCAGAUUCCAGAUACCCGGGACUGCCGGACCCCCGGGACAAUCAAAACCCGGAGCUCUGGGACACCCACGGCUGUCGAACUCCUGGAGCUGCUGGAUCCCGGGAGACCCAGACCCCGGAGACCACCAGACUGCUGGAGACUCCCGGGGCUCUGCGGCUUCCAAACCGCCGUGACAGCCGAGCCCCGGUGCUGCCGGUUCGCGGGCCGUCCCCAUCCCGAGCCACGGCACCGCCGGGACUCCCGGGAGCUGCAGGACCCCCGGGCCGCGCUGGAAGCCGGGACUCCGCAUCCCGCCCGGUUCCAGCGGCGCUGCCCACCCGGCGGAGCCUCUCGGGGCCGUCGGGGCGGCGCUGCCCGGGGCCGGGGCGGCGGCGGCGGCGGCCCCCGGAGCCUGGCCCGCCGUCAGGGGAACCAAUGCGGAAUUUCCUGGCUGGCGGCGGAGCCCCUCCCGCCGCCGCAGAGAGGGGCGCGGGGGAGGCGGCGGCGGAGCGAUCGCAGCGCGGCUUCCGCCCCCGAGCGGCAGCGGGGACCGGCGGCGAGCGGGGGCAGCGCCCGGCCCUGGCGGGGCUGUGCCGGCUGCGGCUGGGCCCCGGCGCUCCGCCGCUGAUGGCGGCCCGCGGGCUGCGGCCGCCCCGCCGCGCCCGGGCCGGGGCCGCGCUGCUGCCGCUGCUGCUGCUGUCGGUGCUGGGGCGCGGAGCCGCCCAGGAGCUGAGCCCCCGCGGCAGGAACGUCUGCAGGGCCGCCGGCUCCUCAGUUCUCGUGUGCUGCCAGGGAUGGAGGCAACAAGGGAGCGAGUGUUUAAUAGCCGUGUGCGAGGGGAACUUCACCUGCAAGGAGAACGAGGUGUGCGUCAGGCCCGGCGAGUGCCGCUGCCGCCACGGCUACUUUGGUGCCAACUGCGACACCAAGUGCCCCCGGCAGUUCUGGGGUCCCGACUGCAAGGAGAUGUGCACCUGCCAUCCCAAUGGGCAGUGCGAGGACGUGACGGGCCAGUGCACCUGCAACCUCAACCGCUGGGGCCCCAAGUGCGAGAACAUCUGCCUCUGCAAGCACGGCAAGUGCGACCAGAGGACGGGCAAAUGCACCUGCGAGCCCAACUGGUGGGGCCCGCAGUGCUCCAGCUCCUGCUACUGCAGCCACAACUCCCAGUGUGACCAGCAGACAGGCAACUGCCUGUGCCAGCCGGGCUGGUGGGGCCGUGGCUGCAACAACCAGUGCUCCUGCAACAACUCGCCCUGCGAGCAGUUCACGGGGCGCUGCCAGUGCCGGGACAGGACCUUCGGGCCCCGCUGCGACCGCUACUGCCAGUGCUACAAGGGCAAGUGCAACCAGGUGGACGGGACCUGCACCUGCGAGCCGGGCUACCGGGGCAAGUACUGCCGCGAGCCGUGUCCGGCCGGCUUCUACGGCCAGGGCUGCAGGAGGCGGUGUGGGCAGUGCAAGAGCCUGCAGCCGUGCACCGUGGCCGAUGGGCGCUGCCUGACGUGCGAGGCGGGCUGGAAUGGCACCAAGUGUGACCAGCCCUGCUCACCCGGCUUCUACGGAGAGGGCUGCGAGAAGCUCUGUCCCCCCUGCAAGGAUGGCCACACCUGCAAUCACAUCAAUGGCAAAUGCUCCCACUGCAAUCCAGGCUGGAUCGGAGACCGGUGUGAAACCAAGUGCCGGAACGGGACAUAUGGGGAGAACUGCGCCUUCGUCUGCAGCGACUGCGUCAAUGGCCAGUGCCACUUCGAGACUGGGCAGUGCCUCUGCCACCCCGGCUCCCAUGGCACAUACUGUAACCUGACGUGCCCUCCCGGACGCUACGGAGCCAACUGUGCUGAGGUCUGCAGCUGCCACGACGGUGCCUGCGACCCCCUGACGGGCGCCUGCCACAUGGAAGCCAACCAGAGGAUGGGGGUGAUCGGGGCUGGGGCCCUCCUGGCGCUGCUGCUCAUCCUGCUGCUCUCCCUGCUCUGCUGCUGCUGCGUGUGCCGCAAGAAGGACGAGGCCAGCGGCUCCAGCCAGGACCCAGCAGCAGCCAAGAAGCCUCCAAGGCGUUUGUGUGGGCGGUUCAGCCGGAUCGGGAUGAAGCUCCCACGCAUCCCCCUGCGCCGCCAGAAGCUGCCCAAGGUCAUGGUGGCCCACCAUGACCUGGAAAACACCCUGAACUGCAGCUUCAUCGAGCCACCCUCAGUGGUGGAGCAGCCUUCCCCAUCGUGGUCGUCCCGCGGCUCCUUCUCCUCCUUUGACACCACGGACGAGGGCCCUGUGUACUGUGUGCCCCAUGAAGAGAGCAUGGGCGACAGCAGGGACAGAGGGACACCCGCCGGCCCCGGGGACAAGCUGGUAGCCCCAAUCAGCGGGGAGGAAGCAGGAGAAUACACGUUCCUGAAGGAGACGGGCUCUGUCAGAGCCUUCCCGACCGACAGCAGCGAGACCCCCCUGCUCAAGUCCUCGGACAGCGAGCGCUCCUCCUGCGGCUCGGGCUCGGCCGGCGCCGCGCUCUACGCCAGGGUCGCCCGCCUCUCCAAGCAGUCCAGGGAGGAAGAGGAUGCCAGCGCGGAGCCCCGCAGCCCCGGGAAGCCGCCGUCCCCGGAAAGGACCAAGCCCCGUCCUCCAGACCCGGCCACAAAGCCCAAAAUCUCCUGGAUCCACGGCAGGUACGGCUCUGGCCAGUCCAACUCGCUGCCGGCGCCCAGCCAGUCCCCAGGGCAAGUGGCCGCCCGCUCCGGCAGCCCCGAGCAAGGCCAGGGCUUGGCCAAGAGGAAGAGGAGUCCGAGCGAGACGUCGGCCCAUGUGCAGGGCAGAGCGGAGGAGAAGGGCGGUGCCCGGAGCAAGGAGAAAGCGCAGAAGCAACCGAAGGAGCCCGGCGUCCCCGAGGGCAAAUCCAGCCUCUUCGGGGAGCCGCAGUCACCCUCCAAACCCAGGCAGAGGAGCAAAGCCGGCUCCGAGCCGAUGGAGAGCAUCAACGGGGCGGUGCAGAACGCCUUCCGAAAGAUGGGCGCCUUCCAGCCGGAGCGGCGCGCCGGGGACGCCAGGGAUGCUCCUUGCAGCCCCGGCACCAGCAAACCGCGCUCCGAGCCGCUGCAUCCCCAGCUGGCCUCCGAGCUGGCCGCCCAGCUGAAGGAAAAGACUCAGAGCCUCAACAAGGGGGACGGAGGCGUCCGGGCGAACGGGGUCGGUGCCCAGCGGGAGAAGCCCACCCCUCCGCAGAAAGCCAAGCGCUCGGCGGCCGCCGGCGGCCAGAAGACCAGCAAACCCUUGCUGCCCACCUCUCCCCAUCUGCAAAAACUGAUCCCUGCGGCCGCCGAGACGGCAGCCGGGGAGCCCAAGUGGAUGGAGAAGCCAAGUGCCGGCAGCGGCCAGGAUCAGACUCUCCCCACUGAGCAGACAGCCAAGAAAACCCCCAUUAAGAAGCCUCCCAGGAAGAAGAGCCGGGAAGCGAGCCUGGAGCCGCCCAGGGCAGCUGCUGUGCCUGCUCAGGCAGUGCAGUGACCGGGAACCGCACGCCGGGCAGAAGGACAUUAGCCAGCACAACCAGCGAACGUGGGAGCCCGGACUGGGCUGGGGGCACUGGAAGAGCCUUGACCCUCCCUUUAUCCCCCUCCACCUCACUCAUCUCCCUUUUUGCCUUAGUGCCCCCUGCCCCAGGACCCAGCCCCUUACUCUGUGCCCCGCUCCUGCUCUCUGCCCAGGAGCCGCCAGCCCGGGGGGGCUCCGUGUCUGCCGUAUCCCCCCCUCCCCUUUUUUUGUAGCAGUAUUAUCGACCGCAUAAGCAGCGCUUGUUGUACUAGACGUGCCCACGGUAUAUUCUGCAGUAACCGAGCCGCUCGCUUCCCGCGCUCCGCCCCGGUCUCUCGGGGUGGCGGAGCACGGGAGAGGGAGGGAGCUGCUGCUUAGUGCCCCGGGCAGUGCCAGAGAUGCGCCCCACGGCCAUCGCUGGCAGCAGCUCCCCUGCCCCGGCGCCCUCCAGGCACAGCUCUCCACUGCCGGUGCCCGCCGCAGUGGGGUCGAGCUGGUUUCGACCGAUGCCACCCUCCCUCCCUCCCUCCCCUCCGCCGCGGCGCUGCUCCUGGCCAGGAGGAAGCACUAUUUAUGGAUGGAGGUGGACGCCCUUGGGGUUCCUGCAUCCCAUCCAAUGGAGUUGGAGGGAUUCGUUUGGUAUGAGAGAGCCUGGCACCUCUGCAGAGCGCUUUCCUAAUAAAAAUGUAUUUCUUCCGUAGCUGGGUGCCAUCUGUCCCUGCCCCAGCCUUCCCGUGGGCAGGCAACAUGCCUAGCAUUGCUUGGGUGCUCCCUGGUCCUGAGUGGGAUGCAGGGGGGAGAUGGAUGACCUUGCAGCAGCACAGGCAGGUGGUAACAAGCAGCAGACAAAUGGGAGGCAGGUCCCCGCUGGGGCUGCUGCUACACAU